AUCUAUAACGUUCCGUAAUGUAGGGAAUCACACUGAGAGGUCGAGAUGUCCGUCGUAAGCUGUACACACUACACGGCACCGUUAUCGUGUGCCCAGUGCUACGCCGGAUAAUUCUCGACAAAUUAUGAUUUAUUUUUUUUGUAUUUCAUAAUUUAUUUUAAAAGUUGUUACGUACUCAAUGGGCGUGUCGAUAAAAUUAUUACAUGUAAACAUAUUUAUGUACGUUUUACGUGUGUACAAUAUAUACAUAUUUUAUACCUACCUAAUCACAAACAACUAUAGAUUACGGGAAAAUUAUUUCUUGUCUAGAAACAUUUUUAUGCUUUUUCAUUUAAAUCUUCACGUAUGCGACUUGUGUAUUGUUUCAAUAUCCGUAUUUUACUAUUUUUCACAAUAGAUUUGAAGUAUUUAUUAAAGUAUAUCUAUAGUGUAUCUAAAUGGUAUCUAUACAUUUGACCUCAAUGACACAAUGUUAAUUUAUUUAUAAUUAAAACUAGACCAAGUGUCUAGAAUACAAUGUUUUCUCGUCGCACUCAACCCAUUAUGGAAGACAUGGUUUCUGUUUUUGAGUCAACUCAAAAUCAGCCCUGGUCUGUAUUCAGUGGUAAAUUAAAUGAUAUUUCUAUUGAAACAUGUAAAAAUAAAAAUAUUUUUAAAUCAGAAAAUCCUAUUCAGUUAUCACUGAAGAACGACUUUCGAGUGUUUGGUUUAAUUCCUCGACUUGAAGAAUUUAAGUUGCUAUCAUGUAAAAAAUGUAAAAUGAUAGUAAAAGAAGAUUGUUUAUUGCAUCAUUAUAAUCGUCGCCAUAAAUCCGGAAAUGAUACUUUUUCGCUUAAAGAUUUUCUUAUGCCUACUAUUAAUUCCAAUAAACAUAAAAGGCAAAAGCUUAAUAAUGUUAGAAAACUAAAUAAAGCUAAACUUAUCAAUGGAAAGAUUAUCGAUCCUGUUGUACAACAAAUAAAAACUGAAUUUGAUGAACUUGAGUUUCAAAGAAUUUCAAAAAUAAAACUAGAAAAAUUACAAAACAAUAAUAAAAAUAAACAUAAUGAUGGUGAUGAUUUAAAUUUUGUGAUUGAAACUUGCCAUCCUGUUUCAAGUAACCUUGAAUUUGAUUGGAAUAUUAAAUCAUGUACUCAAAGUUUAGAUUCCUAUACUGAUAAUAAAAUAGAAGAAUGUGAUAUUGAAUCAAAUAAAUUAUUAGCAGAUUUACCCGAUAAUAAAGAAGAAUUGCAUUUUCAUAAAUAUGGAAAUGUUAAUAAAUUUGACAAUAGUAUUAAUUAUAAGAUCAGUUCAUAUGAUUCAUUAACAAAACCAUUAAUCUUGGAUGAUGAAAUUAAAAUGAAUAUGCUCUUAAAUCUGGCAUCUGAAAAGAAAUGUAAGAAUAAAUCUAAUAAUUCAUAUUGUAUAUUAGGUGGUUUAUUAAACAAUGAAAAUAUUAAAUUUAGAAGAGAUUACUAUUCAGAUGUUAUUAGUGAUAAUAAACUUUUAAAUAAUAUUAUUACUCAUAAUCAAAACACAAUUGAUGAAAGAAUUGAUGAUCCUCUAGUUAUAAAUAAUCAAUUAAAUAUUAACACUGAAAAAAUUUCUUAUGAUUCUAUUACUAAUUUACAUUCAUUAAAUAACGGAUAUAAUACUCAGAAUUCAGAAGUUACAAGUAAUGACAGUGAAAACAAUGAAAUUGUUGAUGAUUCUCAAAAUCAAUGUUUUCCAUUAUUAAAUAAUAUAAAAGAAAUCAAGAAAAGUAAAAAUUACAUUUCAAGUGAUUUAUGUUCUUAUGUAACAAGUGAUGACAAUUCUUUGAAUGAAGUUACCGGUUUUCAUCAACCAUUUACAGAAUUGUCAACAUUUAGAAAUGAAAAUACAAUUAUAUGUAAAAAAGAAUUUGAUGUAGCUGAUAAAAUUAAAAUUGAGCCUUGCCAAUUAUCUAUUGAAUAUCCUAAUAUUAAAUCACUUACUGAAUUUUCAUUGGAAGGUAUAAGUAACAAAUUUAUUAACAGUAAUAAGUAUUCAUCAAUCUUACCUUAUAGUGCUAGAGAAAUAUCCAAACUUACAUUAAAUACUGAAAAUAAUAUUGUUAUGUUAAAUGAAUGUUCUGAUAAUGUUAUUAAAAAUUAUAGUCAGUCAUUAGUUUCACCAUUAAUAGACAUUAUUAAAAGUUCAAAACCUUCAAUACUUACAGAUUGUGAAGGGUAUAAAGUCGAUAACUAUUUCUAUCGUGAAUAUUAUCAUUCAUGUAAAUCUGGUAAAUCUGUUUAUGAUGAAAAAGAAAACUGUGAAAUAAAUGACCAGUUUUUUAAUAGUUAUACAUUACCAUCUGAAUUACAAAAUUAUAAAGAUAAAACACAAAUUUCACAAAUUAAUGAUGAGUCUUCAAUUGUUAAGUGUAAUGCAAAUUUAAAUGAUAUUUUUUCUAAUUUUGAUGAAUCGACUACUGAAUUUUUAGAUAACAUAGAAGAAUCAAAACCUAAUUCAAGAUUUGAUUAUUCAAUGAAUAUUAUCAAAGAAGAUGAUGAUGAUGAUGAUGAUGAUGAUGAUGACGAUGAUGACAAUUAUGAUGAUGAUGAUGAUGAUGUUAAUAGUUAUACUCAGAGUGACGCUUAUGAUAAAAAUGAAUAUUACAAUUUAUCUGAUUGCAUUAAUAGUGAUGUAUCUUCUUCAGUAAUACUAAGUAACUUUGAUUAUUCAGAUAUAAAUAAUGAAGAUUUUGAUGAUUCUGUAACAAGUUGUGAUCAAUCAUCAAUAGAAUCAUUAGAUAUCGAUGAUGAAACACAUAAUUUAUUAUCAAAUGCAACGAGUGAUGAAAGUUUUGGGUCUGAUACAAGUCAAUCAAUUUCUGAAACACUAAAUGUAUCAAAAGAAACAAAAUCUAUACAAAAUGAUUUAUAUUUAGAACCUAAGAAUCAUGAACCAUCUAUUGAUUUCAUGUGUAAGGUUGGUGGAUCAUUAAUACAAUUAUUAAAUGAUUUUGAUAAUAAUACUAAUUGUACACCAAGUGACACAUUUGUUAAUAACAGAGAUGACAGCAAAAUGUGUCGUAUUCCAGUUAAUUCAAAUAGAAAUGUUGAAAUUGUGGAGGAUCUUAUUAACUGUUAUACUGCUAACAGUUCUAAUGAUCAAAUUGCUAAAGAUAUUUCUAUUUCUGUUAAAUCUAGUGCUCUAGCUUCUGAACUUUCUGUUAAUGGAUUUACCUCUGUUUGUUCUAGUGCUAAAAUUAUAAACAAUACUAUCAUUCCUAUUUCUACUGAAAAGUGUAAAGAAAAGUAUGAAUUAAUAGAUAAUGAUGCUUCCUGUGAUUAUUCUACUUCAAAUAGUUCUCAUAAUACCUUAUAUUCCCAACAAAUUCCUUUUAAUACAGAUAACCAAAAUGAUCAUUUAACUAAUUGUAUAACACAUAGUCCAAUAAUUGACAAUAAUGACAAAGCACACAAUUCAAAACCUUGCACAAACAAACAAAAUGAUCAUUUUAUUCAUCAUGAUACAAAUGGAUCACCAUAUCAUCCAAUAUUUAAAGACUGUUUUAAAAAGGCCGCUGAUAAAACAAAUGUUGUUUAUGAUAAAAAUUAUAAGAUAGAUAAUAUUGUAUCUAAGAUUAAAAAGAAUUUAAAAAGACCUUAUGCUGUUGCUGAUGGUAAAAAAAAUCAUAAACUAUGGAAGUAUGGAACUUUUAAAAAACGUCGUAGAUUAGAAUUUAUAGUGAGAAAGGUCAUGUGGUCUGAUGAAUCUGACUGUAACGAUAAUGUCAGUGAAUGAUCACAUUAAUUUUUAAUUAAUUUACUAAGACUUCCUUUAGGUCUCAUUAUGUAUUUAUUUGUUCCUUAUUUUAAA